AUGAUGAUGGGAAAAACAAAGUUCAACAUUUUUUCUAUAUUUUGGAUAUUUUUAAUUAUUCUAUGCAAAAAUCAUUAUAGGCAUGAUGUGGUAAUACAUUACAUAAGUCCUUCAGAGUUCGAAACCUUGUUUAACAUAUAUAAAAUGAGCGAAAUAAGUGUAGUACAAAUUAAUCGAAUAAUGGCAAAGCAUGAAAUACAGAAAAACUUGAAAAAUAGUGUAUUGAGAGAAAAAAAUUAUGUUAAGGAAAAAAAUAAGAGAACAAAAAACAUAGAAGAUAAUGCACCAACAUAUGAAAAAAUAAAAAAUGAGACGUUAAAUGAAUUGGAUGCUUAUAUGCGAAGUUAUUAUUCUAGAUAUGCUAAAAGGAAAGGAUUAGGUAAAUUAGACUGUUCGUGUGAAAAAAAAAUAUUCGAUAUAAUUGAUAAAUCAAGAAAAAGUAAUAACAAAAAUCUUAAGAAAAAAAUACAUUUGAAAUACGGAUUUGGUUUUGUUACUACAUGUCUACUUCCUUUACUUGGAAUAAUUUUACCUCUGCUAGAUAUGAUAUAUAGUAGCACUAAGCAUAUUCUUCCGUGUCCUACGACGGGGUCUUGUACAGGGAGUGAUCAAUGGAAAGGUGGAUAUAAAUCUAUUUUAUCUGUUUCCGGAAUACCCGUUGAGGUUUCAUAUAUUUAUAUUGCAUUCUUUUUAACAUUAUCAUAUAUAAUAUUGGCACUCAUUAUUUAUAUAAUGGUGAAAAUUGUAAAAUAUGAAAAAUUAAAGGCAGAGAAAGGAAAAAUGUAUUUUAAGGAAUAUUGUGAUUUCUGCAAAGAAGUGAUUAGUAAAUGA